GUCCCUCCCUCCUCCUCCUGCCCCUGUCUCUGUCACUCACAGGGGCUGGGCCAGGCGGGAGCAGCCAUGGCAGCAGUGUCCGCCUGGAUUCCUCUCCUUGUGGCUCUCCAGGUCAGGCUGGGGGGCACGCAGGCCCAGCACACCACUCUCCACCCGCGUGUGGGCCGCAUCUUUGUGCAUACCUUGGACCACAAGAGCUUCCUGCGCGCCCCCGAGGACGCUGCCUUCCUGCCCUCUUCGAGUGUCACCUACCAUGCCCACCUCCAGGGACACCCGGACCUGCCCCGGUGGCUCCGCUACACCCAGCGCAGCCCCACCAAGCCUGGCUUCCUUUAUGGCACUGCUACCCCAGGAGAUCGUGGGCGCCAGAUCAUCGAGGUCACAGCCUACAAUCGAGACACCUUUGACACCACUCAGCAGAGGCUAGUGCUGUUGAUCCAGGACCCUGAAGGUGGACAAGUCAGUGCCGGUGCCGGUGGACGAGGUGCCCACCCUAGGCGACGGGAUCCUGGAAUAUGAUCCAUUCUUCUGCCCCCCGACCGAGGCUACGGCCCGAGACUUCCUCGCAGAUGCCCUGGUCACCCUCCUCGUGCCUCUGCUGGUGGCUCUGCUUUUUACCCUGCUGCUGGCCUAUGUCAUGUGUUGUCGGCGGGAGGGACGGUUGAAGAGAGACCUGGCCACCUCUGAUAUCCAGAUGGUCCACCACAGCACCAUCCACGGGAACACGGAGGAGCUGCGGCAGAUGGCGGCCACCCGCGAGGUGCCCCGGCCUCUCUCCACCCUGCCCAUGUUCAAUGUGCGCACGGGAGAGCGGCUGCCACCCCGCGUGGACAGCGCCCAGGUGCCCCUCAUCCUGGACCAGCACUGAGGCCUGGCCAGAGAGCUGCUGACCCUCGGCCGCAGCUGAUUCCCGCUCCUGCCCAGGUGGAUGCGCCUCAGAAGAGGCAGAGGGAUGGGUUUGGAGUCCAGACUCCCAGAAUAAACAAACACCUGCUGCU